AAAUUCCAGUGUCAUAUGAUAAUGGUAUAAUAGGCAUAGGGCCACGUGCCUGAAUCACAUUCUAGAGCUGGACGAUGUAUAGGCCUACAUUUUCAUGCUUAAUUAAAUUUUGGAGAAUAAAAACAUCCACGUCGACAGGGCGUAGUUUUGCUUUGAUACACAGGGCAUACCAGUGGAGUUAAUUUAGGAGGUGCGUUGAACUAGGUCUGUCGUACAACUUCCUCAGGAAGUGAAUAAAUUCAGUCUGAAUGGUCUCUGACAUUUCGAGACACAUUAUUUCGUUACGCCACAGAAAUGGUAAGCAUAGCAAAUUGCCCAGUGUUGAAAAUAGCAGUGGUAGGCGACCCUGGUGUGGGGAAGACAACCCUGCUGCGGAAAUUUAUGAGGGAGGAUUCUACGUUAAUGAAGAGUAAAUUCACUGACAUCCAGGUGAAAUAUGUUGACAGAAAUGGACAUAAAGUGAAAUUGGAAAUAAGAGACACUGCAGGACUUGAGAGACAUAGAAGCUUAACUCGGUCGUAUUAUCAAGGAGUUACAAGCAUCAUCUUUAUGUAUGACGUCAACAACAGAGAUUCCUUUGACAAUCUCACAAAAUGGAAUGAUCAGUACACGCGGAACUGCAGAGACCCUGUAAACAGUCAGACUCUCAUUGUCGGAAACAAGCGUCAACUGACGAAUGACACACCUGCGGUGCCUGCUGAUACCGCGAGGAACUUUGCGAAUCACUUAGAAGCAGACUUUAUCGAAGUCAGUACAAGCAAUAGCUUUAAUAUCGACGAAUGCUUUUUCAGACUUGUAGAUAAUUUCUUCGAAACGCACAGCAAAAGGCAACCGGGGCAUAGUUCUUCAAGGGUCGACUUGAAUAGUAGGCCUAAAUAUAAAAACGGAUAUUGCUGCUUAUGACAUUACACAUAGAAAACGCCAUCUCUCGGAUUAAUUUGGGGAUGUGUUGUAAGGAAGUUCUUCAAAGAUGAUGAUAAAAAUGGUGGUGGCACUGAUGGAGAUGAUCAGGAUGUACAAUAGGGAGUUUCGCAAGCUUACAAAAACGAUAACGAAUACGGUUACGUCAUCAAUUUCAAAGACAACCCUUCUUCUAGAGUAGCAUAUUUGUCACAAUAUAGGCGAUUCAUGCCUUUUGCAUGAAUUAAGUAUCAUAUUCAGCUCGUACAUAGUGUUAAGAAUGUUUUGGGCACGAAUGAUGAUAACGACAAUGACGUAUUCGUAUUCGUAAGGUUGCAAAAUCUCCCUAUUGUGCAUAAUGAUGAUGAAGAAGAUAUGAUCAUCAUCAGCUUGUUCCCGUAUGGACCUUUUAGCUAAGCCUUGCCCCUUGGAGAUUGUGCAUAAGGUCCCACAACACAAUACCUUAAAUGUACGUACGCGCGUCUUCCUGGCCAUGAUUGGUCAGUUGUUAAGUUUGAAUGAGACUCCUUAAAAGGAUUACUAAUACUGUAAUUCUUUUAAGGAGUGUCAUUCACCCCUUAAAAGGGACAGGAACUCGAUCUUGUUUUGUAUUCCUCAUAUAAUUUGUGUCUGAUAGGUUUCUCUCUAGUUGAUUCCAUAUGGUGCAAUGAUAUUUUCUUGUUUGAAUUCUGUUCGUGAAAUUCUCUAAUUUAGUUAGACGAACUAUGUAUUCCUGGCCCUGAUUGGUCUCUUGUUAAGUUUGAUCUUGUUUUGUAUUUCCUUAUAUAAUUUGUGUCUUGGCUACUGAUAGUUUUCUCUCUUGUUGAUUCCAUAUGGUGCAACGAUAUUUUCUUGUUUGAUGUAGCUAAUACAAAUUCUGUUUGUGGAAUUCUCUAAUCUAGUUAACGAACUAUGUAUUCAAAACCUUGUAUUUUGCAUUUUCAUGAUAGGCUGUUUGUUUUAAUUAUUUCUUAAAGUUUUUAAAAUUGCAUUUCCAAUUUGUCUCCAUUUCUGUAUUCAGCAUUUUUGCAUUUAAAGCCAUUAUUAGUAAUCAUGAUUAUAAUGAUGAUGAUGAUGAUGAUGAUAAUGAUGAUGAUGAUGAUGAUGACGAUUGAGUCUGGUUGUUAUAUGGUAGCUAUCGUGAAGAUAAAUUUGUUGACAGAUGUGAUGACAUUUUUCUGUAGACCUUCGCAUCACAAUUUAAUUUGUAACCUUUGGUAUUUAUUAAAAAAAGAACCAAACAAAAUACAGUACAUAAACAUAAUUCCAUCCAUCUAAUCUACAUUAAAAUUAUAAGGCUUUAAUUAUAUUGUUACAAAAAUAUUAUUUUCAUUAUAAUUUAAUUAUCAUAACUUUAAUUAAUAUUCUUAUAAUCAUCAUUACUGUCAACAGUAUUUUCCAAUAAGAAUAUGAUAUUGUUGAUCUUUCCUCUUGUUUCAAUUCAUUAAAAAAAGUCAUAUCUGACUAUACCUUAUACUAAUGUCCUUCAGCAAUCUAUUAACUAAGAGCUAGCAUUCUUUUCAUCACUAUACAUGAUUUGUCAUGUUUUCAAGGAAUUUUCUGUUUACUGGUAAUGAUUCUCUUCAUAGGUGAGACAUCAACUUAUCAUCUUACAAUGCAUUGAUGCAAUAAUUUUGUAAAAUUAAUUUAUGUUGAUAAAUACUAUGUAUAAAAA